CUUGGGAUUUUUCUCUUUGCAGAUAUAUUAUAAAAUGUCUAAUGGUUAUGAAGAUCACAUGGCUGAAGAUUGCAGGGAUGAUAUUGGUAGAACAAAUUUAAUUGUGAACUACCUCCCUCAGAACAUGACGCAAGAUGAGUUACGAAGUCUAUUUAGCAGCAUUGGCGAAGUUGAAUCUGCGAAACUUAUUCGGGACAAAGUCGCAGGACACAGCUUAGGCUAUGGCUUUGUGAACUACGUUACUGCAAAAGAUGCUGAAAGAGCAAUAAACACACUGAAUGGCCUCAGACUUCAGUCAAAAACUAUCAAGGUUUCCUAUGCUCGUCCAAGUUCUGAAGUUAUUAAGGAUGCUAAUUUGUAUAUUAGUGGACUACCAAGGUCAAUGACACAAAAAGAUGUAGAAGAUAUGUUUUCACGUUUUGGACGCAUCAUUAACUCACGCGUGCUUGUGGAUCAAACUACAGGUGAGUCCAGAGGGGUCGCAUUUAUCCGGUUUGACAAAAGGUCAGAAGCAGAAGAGGCAAUUACAAAUUUCAAUGGUCACAAACCCCCAGGUUCCUCCGAACCCAUUACAGUGAAGUUUGCAGCCAAUCCUAACCAGAACAAAAAUGUGGCACUGUUAUCGCAGCUGUGUCAUUCACCAGCUAGACGGUUUGGAGGGCCAGUGCAUCACCAGGCGCAAAGAUUCAGGUCAGCAGAGAAUCAGGAACUGCCACCGCCAUGUUCUUGGCAGAGAGCAGCACGUGUACCGCUUUUAAGUGGUUUGCAUAUCACCAGUGGUACACCACAGUUUGGGAACCCCUGGUUCUCUCCUAUGGGUGUAGAUCACAUGAGUGGGCUUUCUGGUGUAAAUGUUCCAGGAAACGCAUCUUCUGGCUGGUGUAUCUUCAUCUACAACCUUGGUCAAGAUGCUGAUGAGGGAAUCCUCUGGCAGAUGUUUGGCCCCUUUGGUGCGGUUACCAAUGUGAAAGUUAUUCGAGAUUUCAACACCAACAAGUGCAAAGGUUUUGGUUUUGUGACCAUGACAAACUAUGAAGAAGCUGCAAUGGCCAUAGCAAGUCUUAAUGGCUACCGCCUGGGGGACAAAAUCUUACAGGUUUCCUUCAAAACCAACAAGUCCCACAAAUAACUUGCUCGUGCUUUUUGUAUGGAAUAGAUAAUUGAGUGACAGAAGUUGAAACAUUUUUGUUAGUGUAAAACUCAUUUUGCGCCAAUUUUCACAAGUGUUUGUCUUAGUCUAAAUGAGAAGUGAAAAAGGUUUUAUAUUCUGGGAUGCAACUGACAUGUUCAAAUGUUUGAAAUCCCACAAUGUUAGACCAAUUUUAAGUUCCUUUAAGUUAUUUCAUUUAAAACAUGUUAAAAAUCCCCUGAAAUCUUAAGUAGAUUGCAUUAACUAGACCCUCUGGAUGGUGGUAAAAUUGAAGCAUGCUUUCACUUAUGAGACUAACAUUUGUUCCAUUGAAUGUUGUCUGCAAAAACUGGAAUUUUCUGAAAAAAAAUAUCAGGCUGAAUUCAUUAAUUUUCUUGUUUUUUGUGUUUGUUGUUUUUCCUACCCAUUCCCCUGACCUCCUCUACCCCAGACUCAGUAGUAUGGAAGAAAAGUUGAGAAAUACUAAUGUUUUAGUUGACAGUAAAUUGUUUGAUGAAUUAAUACUCAUUACUGCAUCUGUAGUUGAGGAUUAGGCUUUUUAAAGUCAAGGUCUUGUAAGUAGUAGCAUGCCAGCAUAACUUUUAACACCAUUGAUGAGGUAAGUUGCACACUGAGCAGUGGCCGAGCUGUCAAAUUCAAAGGUUUUUAGAAAACAUUACUUUUAAAGCCCACUUUCUAAUAGGAAUGGACCAAAGAGUUUCAGAGAAACUCCAGGAAGAUUUCAGACUCAAAAUGAAACUCCAAAAAGAGAGUGUGAAUAUAUAUGUUGCUACUUUAUCAAACUGAAUCUCUUCUGUCCAAGUAUUUAAUGCAUGGUGCACUACUUACUGGUACAUUGUAAUGCAGCAAGAUACUUACUCAUUUUCAAAGAUCAUUAUAGUUUGAAUUCCUUUGGUAGUUGUAUUCUGUAAAGAAAAAAACAGUUAUAAACAUUUGAGCAUUGUAUUUCUCGCAUCCCUUCUAAUGAGUGCUAGAUUUUUUUUCUAUUUUAAUAGGAUUUUGUUUUGACAACUAGCUUUACUUAUUGAACACUCAGCAGAAAAGUACUUACUACUUGCAAGUUAGAUAUUAACAAAAAAACCCUUUGAUUUGUAGAUUUAAAGAUUAAUCCCCCAAGUUUUCUGCAGACUGCCUUGAAACUUUGAGUUGUUCUGUUUCUGUUAAUUUUCUUUUGCUUUUUUGUGUUUUUUGUUUGUUUUUACUUUUGCAUUUAAGAACAUUAAAUUUGAUUUUGUUUUGCUCAAAUUUUGUUUUGUUUUUUAUUUUCUGUUAUUUUUUUGCUAAGUAUUGCACAAAGUGUCCAGCUUUCAAACGAGUGUUGUUUUAAAGAACUGUAUUCCUCCUUAAGAGUUUUAAGUUACUCCUUUGACAGUAGAAGAAAAAGGGUUGUGAAACAAGCACACGACAAUAAAUCUGUCACGUAGUUUCUAUGUGCCACGGGCUGAUGUAACCCUGCAGGUGUUCUUUGCUAGGAAGCCUGAAAAGGAUGACUCUAUCAGGUAAAGGCUGUGUAAGGAUACUGUGCACGACUAGAGACUUGGCCUGGGCACCUUUCAGGCCCAGUGUUUAAGUCCAGUUGCCAGAAGGUAGAGCCAAUGUGCGUAUGAGGUCAGCGGCAGUUUCAUUGCAGUGUCUCCUUUUUUUGUGUGUGAACCUCUACCAGUCCCAAAGUUUAUUUUCAAAUUCCGGAGGCUGCUCCAUGCCGCCUGUUUGUGUCGCUCCGUCCCUAGCUGACUGUGCCUUGUGUUUGCAGUCAUCUCUCCGGUUCCUGCAGUAGGAUCUGCAGUCUUGCUCAGCCCAUCAGCAUCUCUGCGUGCUGCCACCGAAGAGCGGCUGAACUAGCUGCCCAUCUCCGUUGAUUACCUUCAGCUCUGCCUAGCAAAUGCUGUUGCUGACAUUUCUGGAACUGCCUGCGGUGUACUUAAAGCUGUACAGACAGGUGUUCACGUGGUGGGCAGCCUCCCGCUGUUCUUCAGCUUGUGUGCAGUGAAUCUCAGUGGGAUUUUUACUAUGAAUGCAUCCAGCCUUGCCUUUCCUGCCAGUCCUUUCACUCCACCGUCGUCUGAGAAGCACGAUGGGCUGUAGAACAGUGGCUGUGACAGAGCAACCAACAGCUCCCACCCCAAAAGUGUGCUUUCAGACUGUCUAUUCCAGAUGUUCCCACUAGUUCCAUCAUCAUUCUUUUAUCACUUCAAUGAAUACUGCUUGAGAUUCAGGGGAACUCUCCCAAGUUAAAACUCUCUAGUAUGGGGAAGUCCUCUUACUGUGUCCCGUCACCUCUUAAUCUCACACUGUCCUGUUCCACAGGAGUGGGUGUGCACUCGUUUCCAAUUUCCUGUCGUUCUCUCUUGCUUUAUGUCAUAUAAGGUUAAUUCUCAGUCUGUAUGGGAGUUACUGUUUUAUCACAGCAUUUAGAUGGGUGUUCUGACUUCCAAUAAAUGACACCCUAAAUGUGACUUUGCAUCAGUAAUCAUUGCAAGUGUGCUGGUCGUUGCAGCAGUGCCAGCAGCACACUGCUGUGAGCUCACCAGCUGUCACUGCUUUAAUAAAACUUUUCUUGGAGGCUUUUUGGCAUCACUGUCAUCUGAAUGCUUCCCUGUUUUUCCAUCUCUCAUUCUUUGUUAAAUAAGAAGGAAAUGCAGGAAACUGUUUCAGUAGCAGUAUGAAAACAUCUCUUUUGGGAAACAUCUGAUCCCAUCUUCAUUUGAUAGUUGCUCUGAAAAUAGUUACCAGGCAAUUUGUGUGAACGAAGAACUGCUGUUUGGGUCAGGAAAAGAGGAAGAAAAAUCCUGCUAAAAUAUUAAGAGCUGAUACCUGAAGCAUGUGGUCUGCACUGUUCUAACAGUCAAGAAGAACUUGGCGUAAGUGUCUGGUCAAGAAAGGAUUGUGUAGAUAUUCUUGAUGCGUUUGGUCCUGAACAACAAAGAACAAAAGGAAGUUUCUGGAAGUGGAAGCUAAAUUCUAACAACAAAUCUGCCAGCAGUUCUAACCAGAAAGGUAGGAGCAGCUGGUUUCCUUACCAUGUCAUCCAGCAUACCCCCUUUGAAGGUCUGCAUUGGACAUACUUGCUUCAAGAGAGGUUUUCACCUCUUAAUCCUCAGGGGGUUUAAAAAACUGCAGAUACAUUCUGCUUUUCAUCCUUUAAUUGAUGGAACAGACAUUUCCUUCAAGUGACGAUUCUGUCUCUGCUUAGAAAAUCUUCGUAAAACCAAAGGCCUGUCUCAAACCAGAGGACUCUUACCUUUGUGGUCAGAUGCAGUAGGCUGAAUGAAGUCAUGAGUACUGGAAAGUUUUGGAUGCUGCGUUAGGAUGUGAUGAUCAGAUUUUAAGGACCUGGGUUUGAUGGUCCAUACUGGAGAUGUGCUACAGGGAACAGCUGUGAUGGGAAUGUUGUGGGGUCCUUCAGAAUAGUUUAGAAGUCUUGCAGGACUCCCCCAGGGACCUGCUUCUGAAGGAUCAGGUAUAAUUCCUUACGAAAACACACAGUUAUGGCCAGGCUGCUAUUUCAGGGCCUCAUAGAGAGGCUUUCCCAUAUCUCGGGGGGCAGUGUUUGGUGUUUGUGCCAGCAUUUCUGAAGGGAUCAGUCUGCCUUUCCUGAACCUGCAAUUUGGGUGACACCACUUCCUUUUUACACUUACUUGAUCAAACAGACAAAUGUGGUGACAAAAUGAGAAGUCUUACCUGUCUGUGUUUAGAAAGAAAAGGGGAGAGAAGGCUUUAUCAUCAGUCCCCUUGUGGUCAGGGUAGCUGUCCUCAGAGCUGAAGAUCUGCUGACUGGGAACAGGAACGGCAGGACCAGUGAUACCACUGUCAGGCUUCACCUGGGCUUUAUUUUCAGAUGGACCUGUUUGCUUUGUCCAAAACUCACUUGCUUUCACAAAGAGAGAAUUUGUUUGCAUGUGAAUACUCAGCACUUCAUUAGAAACUGCCCUUUGCUUCCGUAGGUGAGUCACCCUGGGUUUUCCCUUCACUGGCCGUGAGCCAUCUGGUUUGGAAGGCAGCGUACAAACCGGUCACCUUUGGCUUCUGUGCCAAUACAAACGCUUCUCACCGUGCAAGGGCGGGAUCUUACGCUGGGACUCGGUCAGUCUUCAGGACUUUGAAUGUUAAGCCAAUUAUUUUUUUCAAGUGGUAAAAUUUCCUGAAUAUCCAAUGUCACUUUAAUACUGCUUUGUCACUUUUAGCUUUAGCAUCACUUUGUUUCAUCUCGGUAUUUCUUUUGAAAGGGAAACUCUGCUGCCCUUACUUGAUACCUAUCCCUUCUCCACUUUUUUCAAAUACCGCUUGUAUCUGGUACUCCAGUAAGGCUCUUGACAGGCCCAGGCAUGGCUGCUACCCGUGCUUGUUAUGGGGCUGCUUCCAGAAUUGCACGUGAGCAGUCUUCAUUCUUUGUGAGACUGUGGAGUUUCACUCCAAAAUGAGACAAUGCCUAGCUGAGAGCAAGACUGUCCUGGUCAUGGUUGAAGACCACCUCUAAACUCCUCUGCAGAUGUUCUGGGCUUUAGUUGUGUUGUACAGUAUAAAAACAAAUUUUGGAAAAGAAAUCCGGUUUCCUUAGUAUGUACGAAAAUUCGAGUUUUGUCAAAAUUAAAAUUCCUUGAAGGCUUUAUUCGGACUUGGUCUUUUCUAGUCUGUUGAUUUAUUAAUGCAAGUUUUUAUUCCUGCUCAGUAACUUACACUUGCUUCCCAAAUUUCCACUGUGAAUGGAAUUCACCCUUGUGCAGAAAGCUAGCCACAAGCCUAAUCACAGUUUAAACCUUCUGUUAACCAUUUGCAGAUAGGGAAAUUUCACAGUAAAUGUGGAGAAGGAAACUCUACUGUUGCUGUGUACUUGGUAUAAGCUGGCAGAGGCGAGUACAGUUCCUUCAGAUAAGGAGAUGGCGACAUCAGAAAAGCGAUAAACAUGAGUGGAAUCAAAGCAGCUUAGUGUGUUUAGCUUUCUUAUGAUUCAAUUUUAGAUGGUGUCUGUAUAUUGAAGUGUUGAAUUUAUUUUGUUCUUCAAGCUACGUCGUCGUAAGUUUGGUUUACUUGACACGCUGUGCUCCACUCUUCUCUGAGGGAGGGGACCCCAGCCAAUGCAGUUAAUGUUGCCUCCCGUGCCGAGCUUGUGCCAAUCCCUUCGCUUCUGUUCUAGCUCUGGGACUGAGAAGGACUUGAGGAUCCAUCCUUUAGGGUGGAAGGAGAAGUCAGGAAACACCACUGUCCAGAACAGCACCCCACGGUGGUGUGUGUCCGCACACCUUUCCUUCUCUUUGGUUGGUCACGUUUUCUCAUCUGUCUGUAUCAUGAUGGCAUGGAACCCGCUGACAACUCAGAGAUACACAAGUCACUAAAGUAGGAUAAAUUUCUCACUGCAGUGAGUACUAGUUGGUCACUUUGUGGUCACUUACAUUCGUCCAGAUGACCAAAGGGUGUCAGUAUGGAGAGGACACCUAUUUUUGUAGGGGUAUCGAACGUUGUAGUAAUGUUAUUUAUACAAAGCAAUUAAAAAGCUUUAAAAAAAAGAUAAUUGGCAUAGUUACAUUUAUAGAAGGACUGUU